GCCGCCGCCGCGCUCCGGGGAGACGGCAGGGGACGGGGCGGCGGAGCGGGCAUCCUCCAGCACCGAGGGGCGGCCGAGCCGGAGCUCUGCCGGGGCAGCGGUGUGCGGGGCGGGAGCCCUGAGGAGCGCUCAGCGGUCGGCGGCUCCGGCCCCGGAGGGUGCCCGGUGGUCCCCGGCUCCGCCAGCCGCCUGCCCCCCAGCGCCGGGCCGUGGGCUGUCCGCGGCGGCGCUGAGGCGCGGGCGGCAGCGGCCGGAGCGAAGGGGCCGCUGCCAGGCGGGGAGAUGUCCGCCCCGUACAGCAGCCUGAUGAGAUACCUCUUCCCAGCCCUGCUGCUGCACGGGCUGGGAGAAGGUUCUGCUCUUCUUCACCCAGACAGCAGGUCCCACCCUCGGUCCUUGGAGAAGAGUGCAUGGAGGGCAUUCAAGGAGUCACAGUGUCAUCAUAUGCUGAAACACCUUCACAAUGGAGCCCGGAUCACUGUGCAGAUGCCUCCCAAUAUUGAGGGACACUGGGUCUCUACUGGCUGCGAAGUUAGAGCAGGCCCAGAGUUCGUCACAAGAUCUUACAGGUUCUACCACAAUAAUACAUUUAAGGCCUAUCAAUUUUAUUACGGUGGCAAUCGCUGCACAAAUCCUAUCUACACAUUAGUUAUACGUGGCAAAAUACGUCUCCGCCAAGCAUCCUGGAUCAUCCGAGGGGGUACUGAGGCUGAUUAUCAGCUACGCAACAUACAGAUCAUAUGUCACAAUGAAGCAGUAGCCAAGAAAUUAAGUGAGCUGGUGAACCAUACGUGUCCUGGAUUUAUACCAGAAGACAGCCCCUGGGAGCAGGAUGUGAGCUACGAUUUGCUGAGAGAAGACAAUGGCUGUGAAUGCACCAAAGCUCUGAAUUUUGCCAUGCAUGAACUCCAGCUGAUCCGCGUGGAGAAGCAGUACCUGCACCACAAUUUAGACCACCUUGUGGAGGAGCUAUUUCUCGGGGACAUUCAUACCGAUGCGACUCAGAGGAGGUACUAUCGGCCCUCUAGUUACCAACCUCCUCUUCAAAAUGCCAAGAAUCACGACCGCACGUGCAUCGCGUGCAGAAUCAUCUACCGGUCGGACGAGCACCAUCCUCCCAUCCUACCCCCCAAGGCGGAUCUGACUAUAGGGCUACACGGAGAGUGGGUGAGCCAGCGCUGCGAGGUGCGGCCGGAGGUCCUCUUCCUCACUCGCCACUUCAUCUUCCACGACAACAACAACACCUGGGAAGGUCACUACUACCACUACUCGGACCCCAUCUGCAAGCACCCCACCUUCACCAUCUACGCCAAGGGACGCUACAGCCGGGGGGUGCACUCGUCCAAAGUGAUGGGCGGCACGGAGUUUGUGUUCAAAGUGAAUCACAUGAAGGUGACUCCCAUGGAUAUAUCCACAGCCUCUCUCCUCAACGUCUUCAACGGGAAUGAGUGCGGAGCACAGGGGUCCUGGCAAGUUGGGGUUCAGCAAGAUGUCACCCACACGAACGGCUGCAUCGCGCUCGGCAUCCGCCUACCUCACACCGAGUACGAAAUCUUCAAAAUGGAACAGGAUGCCCGGGGCAGGUACUUGCUGUACAACGGCCAGAGACCAAGCGACGGGUCCAGCCCCGACCGACCGGAGAAGAGAGCCACUUCCUACCAGAUGCCUUUAAUUCAGUGCGCUUCGUCCGUACCCAGAUCUGAAGAGUCACCAGAGGAGAAUAAAAUAAGGCUGUAUAGCAGCAGGGCACCGGAAAAAUAUCCCAGCGCCCCAGCUCUUGCUUUGGUGUUGUUUAUUUGUACUGUGUCAUAUUGGGACAUUCUCAGCUAGAAGUGAAAAAAACUUAUUUUUCAUGACUACAAAGCCAGGAUUCCACCAGACUGGGGGUUGUUUUUCUUCUGAAAGAAAGGGACAUUUAUUUUCUUGAUGCACUUGAAUGCCUGAGAACUGUUGUUCUUUUCCUUACUUCCCCCCCUCCUCCUCGAGUCCCAAACGGCACUCGUUUGAUGUUUGUGCUUUGAACUUCAUCCAGUGUGAUCCCUGGCCUGACAUGACUGCACAAAAGUAAUUGCACUUUAGGACUGCAGACUUUUGGGGGGAGGGAGGGGGUCUCCUUUUAUUAUUAUUUUUUAACUGCUGGGGUGAACGUUAUGAUCCUGCUUCGGUCGCCUCUGCCGCCUUGCCGUUGUGGUACUCUUCUCCCCAACGCCCAGUUUCUCAUCAGAAUUUAGCUCUGGGGAAGGGUUCGGUGUCGUGCCAGUACUGUGAUAGCAGCUUCUCCCUCUGACUUCACAGCUCUGAUGUAGAUAUGUAUAUAAGGAGGAAACCCACAAAGAUUUAUCUUGUCAUUAUCUCACAGCUCGUAACAAAAAGGAACAGCAAAUCAAAAGGCCUCCAGUCAGAUAGUGCUAAAGGGUUGGUACUUCUAAUUAAAAAAUAUUCCAAGUAAUUUAAGCUAUUUUUACAAUCAUUAAGUUGUAAAAAUAACCAGUGAUUUAAUAUUUUCUCAUUCAAUUUCCUUAGCUAUGUCAUUGCUUCGAGGCCUCCCUUUGUAUCUAGUGAGUAGUUACAACCAAGCCCCCUUAAAGCCAGACAGAAGCAGUUUUUUCUGUUGGCUGCACACAGUAGAGGUUAAGUUGUCAAUACGAGGCUGCAGGGACUUCUGUUCUCAAAUUCCUGAGGCCUUACAUACUCCACCUGCAGUAUUUGUGCCUUGGAUUUUGUGUCAGCCAGGUGGGCAAAGUAAAGAAGCAAGUGGGCUGUAACAUGUUCUGCAGCCCUAUUUAGCAGCAUAUUUUUAGUGAUGUGACCUCAUGUAGGAACAAGUAAAGGGUUGUAGCAGCAAGCACGCCAUGGCCCCCAGGACUGCUUGCAGUUCAGAGAGCCAGAAAGCAACUGGAGACAAACCCACAUCCACGGGAUGGAGUGAGACUGGCCCAGUCCCACCAGAGAGGAGCAAGAGUUGCACAAAUGCAGCCAUGUCCUCCCCCCUUUUCUUCUCACUGGACUGUCCCAACAGAUACCAUGGUUUCACCCAGCUUGCAUCAGCAUUGGUCCGGGGAGAGAAGGUGGAUAGGCACAGCCCUCAGAGAGCAUUCUUCAACAGGAGCCUGCCCUGGAAGCCCUGGAGUUCCCCCACGGCAAGUACAUCCUGCUGUGCACACUGAUGUGAAUCAGCACAGGCUCUGGAGGGGCAGCAGGAGAGAGAUUUAAGGCCAGCAAGGAGGUACAAGUUCAUGGAUGAACCACACUCCCUCGCUUUAAUGGGGAGUGAACUGAGGGCACAGCUUAACCUUGCAGCAUUCGGGCUGUGGCCUUUACUGAUACGCACACACAUUUUGGCCCACAGGAGGAACAGGAACCUAUCUAAGAAACAGAAGGAGUAAGGUCAUAGCGUUUCUUCAUCAGCAUCAGCCGCUUCUAGCUGCCUAGUCCAGUACUAUGUGAGAAAAAAGGCCUUUAAUGUGUUCUUUUCAGCAUCAUAGGAAAAGCAUGUCUUGAAUGAAGGUCCUUCAGCUUUACAUAGGUGAGUCUCCACACUAUGUGCUGUAGAAAAAGCAUUAUUUGAAAACACAGUAAUAGCAUGGACCUCACUAGAAAAAAUAGCAGGAAAAAGGUGUUCAAGUAGCAAAUGGCUAUGCUCAGGCUCCCUACCUCUUCAAAGUCCAUGCCUUCCUGACAGUUCUUCCAAGCUAGUGUUGGCCUUGGAUGCAAAUUUCCUCAGAGUGGGAAAAAAAACGCUUCAUUGCCUGGUUUUGAGACAGCAGAAGGAAGGGGGGGAAGGAACAACCAUAGACUCUCACUGCCAGGUCAGAUGGCAUCUUUCAUGUUUUUUUCCUCAGACAGAUGAAAAGUCACAGAAGACUCACUAAGAGUCAGGAACAGAGCUCAGGCUGGCUCAGUAAUCACCUGAGAAAGUGUUCAUCCAUCCAUCUGAUACCAGAUCCUCCUUCAGCCUGCUGGAAGGAGCUGAAAGCCAACUCACCAUGAUGAAUCGAGCCCUAAGAACAACAGCUGCUCUGAUCAGCAUUUCUUGGUGAUUUUCUGCUCCACAGAGUCAAACCAACUUGAAGAGUCAGUUUGGGAUCCAUUGCUGGUAGGGAGGCAUCAGGAACACAGUUUUAACUAGAGGGUCAAGGAGACAUAAUGCCUCUGAAAGAGAGGCUAGGAACCUGGAUGGAGUUUGGUUUUCUCUAGCUAGACUUGAGUUUUGUAUUCAGCAUAUCUCCAACUGAGUUCCUGAGCUAUUGCCAUCCAAAAAGUCCCUUAAAUACUACCUUCAUUUCUGACUUCUGUUUGAGACCUAGCAGCAUGAGUGAAUGCGUGUUAGUUUUUAUUUCUGAGGAUGGGAAUGGUGUGAUGUUCCUUAGAUCACACAAGACAAGCUUCUUUCCCCACCACCUACUAUUCCCACAUUAGGUGGUGGUCCCAUCUCUGGAAAAAUAUCAACGGCUAGAAGCUCUCAGACCCUCUUCCUUCCCUACGGAGGUGCAACACACAACUCAGUCCCAGCUGAAAUCUGUGAUGCAGGACUGAAGCAGAAAGCAAAAGAACUGCUCCACAGCAUGGUGUUCUGUACUCACCAGGGCAAUGAUCUACAAUUUAUUAGUGCUUCGUGGCUCCUCUGUAAAUUGCCUGUCAGAAACAUUACAACAGUUUCAAGAGAAAGACCUGCCCAGUCCUCACCUCUAAAAAGCACAUUUAUGUCUCAGCUGUCUUCUGAAUCUCAGACUUGCAAAGAUCUAGGUUUUCCAAAGCUUGCUGUUACACUUACAUGCAAACAAGACACAAUGUACAAAUUAUAUAAGAACUGCAUAUUUUUUUUUUUCUGCCACCUAGAGAUAGUUAAAAAGGAACUGCUGGAAAAAGGCCUUCAUAAUGCAUGGCCAGAAACCUGAUUUGGGGCUCCUCUAGUUUAUUUGUAGCGUUGACCAGAAACAUAAAAUUAUGAUCUGCAUAUGCUGCAGCAGUUCCCUCCUUGUGCCUAUAUAUUUUUUCUUUAUUUUUCUAUUAGCCAAUAGAAGCUAAGUUGGACAAAGAUAUAAGUAAGUCUUCAGAGUGCAUAGUUUAUUUGCCUAUCCAUGUUCUCUGCAAGACUUCUCCUAGGUUACAGGCACAGAACUAGGAGCUAAGCUUGAUUUUAGUUUCAUCACGCACUACAUUAACUGCUGCACAGCACCAUAUACAUUUGUGACACAAUAUAUUCCAUUCAUUUUAUUUCUCCAACCUGACCUCAUGUGCUGGCAGCCCUGGCUGCUAAAGAAAUUAAGCCACAAGUGGUUUAGCAGUGGAAGUCCUACAAACCGAGUAAUUUAUCCCAUACUGAAGUGCCAAAGUUUUGAGAAGUGAAGCAAUGAAUGUUGGUACCUUCAAUACCUGCCAAUGUUGCCAUGACAGGUUGAAAGUUUUUCCCUCAGCACCACUGUUGUAUCCUACUCGAGAAACCACCAGAUAGAAGAAAUGGUUACCUGAAGGAGAUCUUGUGCAAGUCGUUUUAACAGGUUCUGUUAAGAAAAAGGACAAAAGGGAUCAGAAAAAUCAAAAGAAGUGCCCUCACUCUGUUUCUAUACCGUUUACAUAUUGUGCCUGCUGCCCUGGGGUAGAAUGUCAUUUUUAUGAAGAGAAGUCCGUAUUUUAAGAUACAAUGUCUGUCUUGCUUGAGUUGGAGUGUGCUUGCUUAAAGUGCAGGAUUUAAAAAAAAAAAACUUUUUAUUUUUGUAAAGGUAUAGAAGAUAUUUUUCUUCUCAACUAUGUUCCAGAUUAAACUGCCAGGGAAGUUUAAGCACUUGUGAAACUAUUGGUUAAAAUAAAAAAGCCUAACUGAAAAAAUUGAGGAUUUCUUUGCAUGUUAGCUUUCUGUUCUGUUGACUUUCUACCCGUAAAAAAAUCAUAGAUAUCUCAGAAAGCCAUAGCAAAAAAAUCCCUGUGUUGAGCAACUUGUGCGCAGAAAAGCUUGUUUCUUGCUAUAUGCAAAAGAAAACAUUUUUCCUUGAGAACAUGUCACUAGAAUCAGCUCUGAUGGACACAGCUGGGAUGAUUUGUGUUUCACAGCACAUCUUCAGGUUCUCUGAAGAGAAGGUGGGCUGGAAGUGGCCAGCAAGUGAUGACAGUGCUGGCUUGCAAGGAGAGUAGAGUCAGAGCAGCUGGGUCAGGACAAAGGGUGUGGUUUCAAAAGAAAACUAAUGUUUUUUAUAAGUGAGCUGUAAGCAAACAGAAGAGCAUUACUGCUCCCCAGUCAGAUCUCACUUGCUCUAGAGGCUACAACCUGGAGGGGGAGCAGGGAGGGAUUAGAAAUGACACUUCUCUUACAGAGUAAGAAAAGCCUGAUAGGAACUGAGAAGGGAAAGCAAGCCACAGGAGAAUAAAAGCUUCUUUUCUCAGUGCUGUGCAUUUUCACUCCUGUCUUGCUUGCACAAAUGAAGAAGAGCUGAAAUGCAGUCAACACGACUUACACCAUCACCAUCAAAAACUUCAGAGUUGACUAAUUUCUGAGUUUUCAGAAGUGACUCAGGAGAUCCCUGAAAGUUGAGCUUGAUUUUCAGGCAGCACGCCUCAAAUUACAAGGCACUCAAUGCAGUAGCCACAGCCUGUGAAGAAGUUGCGUCCCUUCCACACAAAGCUGAAUGUGUGGGUGAAUUCAGACAUAAAUAGAUCCUACAUGGCAUAAUUUACCCACUCUGGACACAAAAGGGAAGGCUCGGUAAUAAAAAACAGCAUCACUUA